CUUAUCGGAACCAAACGAAACAUAGGUAUCAACUGGGAAUACGAGGCCAUAGAUAUAUCUGUCGCCAAUUCUUUGGUUCCUCAUUACUUCUUUGAUCCACAAUAUUUCAAAAUCCUCACUCUCUCUCUUCCACUCUUUUGCUGUUCCCCUUUCCCAAUCCACACCUCAUUCAUCAUCCCCUUUCCGUGAUUGAUACAGGACUCAUUGACUUGAUAGCAUACACCCGUAGCAACAUGAGGGCAUGGCAUUAGUUAAGCUAGAUAAACUAUAAAAUGCUGUCAACUACUGCCGCUGCUCAGCUUCCAAGUUGCUGGUACCUCAUUCCCAGCCAUCUUAACGUCCAUCAUCAUGCUCAACAAAAGAGAAAACUCACCACUCUAUCACUUGCCAAUGCAGAUAGCCGAAUUCCCCUCAGAAACUUCUAUGGCCUAAGUCUUCCUCAAACCCAUAAUUGCAGCAAAGGGAAAGAAAGCAAUAACAGGGCUAGAUACAAUUCCAAUUUAAAUCAGAACCACAGACAUUUAUUAUUUCUACAGUUCUUCCCUGACAGUGACACAGAAGACAGCAAUAAUCAAAAUCCAAGAACCAGAAACCACUGUCAACAUCAAGUAGAUGAACAAAGAGAAUUCAAGGAAAAUAAAGAGGCCAGGUUGCUUUUCUCAAACAUGUGGUGGGUAGAUGUGAAAGCAGCACUUGGCCAAAGAAUAAAUUUGGAGGGCAUUCUAUGUUCAACUAUGGUGAUCUUAAAAGACCCGAAAUUGGCAAUGCCCCAUAUUUCUGUUCCUGAUAUAAGGUAUGUUGAUUGGGCUGAGCUGCGUAGAAAGGGAUUUAAGGGUGUUGUCUUUGACAAGGAUAAUACUAUUACAGCACCUUACUCUUUGAAGUCCUGGCCUCCACUUGAGUCUUCAUUGGAGUGUUGUAAAUCGGAGUUUGGUCAUGAUAUUGCAGUAUUUAGUAACUCUGCGGGACUUCAUGAAUAUGACCAUGACGGUUCAAAAGCUAGGAUGCUUGAAGGGGCAAUUGGAAUUAAAGUCAUAAGACAUAGGGUGAAGAAGCCAGCCGGUACAGCUGAAGAAAUUGAAAAGCAUUUUGGUUGUGAAGCUUCACAAUUAAUCAUGGUUGGCGAUCGGCCAUUCACUGACAUUGUUUAUGGCAAUCGGAAUGGAUUUCUAACUAUUUUGACAGAGCCAUUGAGUCUUGCUGAGGAGCCGUUUAUUGUUAAGCAGGUGAGGAAGCUAGAAACUUCAUUUGUAAGUUUCUGGUCUAGAAGAGGGUUGGAUCCACUUAGCCAGAAGUUAUUGUCAGAUCCAAAGCCAUGUGUCAAAGAGCCAUAUCAUUGACAAGACUAAUAUCCAAACACUGCACAAUUUUUUGGCCAUCAGAAGUACUGCUUUUUAGUAAAGUAAUGCCCUUUAGUUAAGUAAUGCAUACAUGUCAAUAUAUUUUUUUUAAAAGCCUAUCUAGUUUAUUUUUUACCACAUGUUAAAUACAUAUUUCUCUGUCCUUUAUCUGGUAAAGUUAUCUCCUCAGCUUAAA